CAAAGCAGUGGGUCUCAGGACGACACCGUCAUAAUACAGGGCAGUGAUGCCGGGCAUGGUAAUGUUUCGGCGGCGCUGGUCAGUCGGCAGUGAUGACCUGGUGUUACCCGCUCUUUUUCUUUUCCUACUGCACUGCGUAUGGCUGGUGGUCCUGUCUGUGGUUCUGUUCGGCCUGCCGUACGGCCCAGAUCAGUCAUGUUCUGUCACCCUGGUGGACCACGGCCGCGGUUACUUAGGCAUUCUGGUGAGCUGCCUGAUCUGUGAGAGCGCCAUCAUGUGGCUGAGCAUGAGAGGCAGUAUAUUAUACACGCAGCCCAGAGAGGCUGUGCAGUACGUCAUCUAUAUACGACUUGCAAUCUUGCUUGUGGAGUUUGUGUAUGCUGUAGUGGGCAUUGCCUGGCUGGUGCAGUAUUAUCAGCCUUGCUCUGAUGUUACUGCCAAAAACCUUGCUCUGGGAAUUGUCGUGUGCAAUUGGUUAGUGAUCUUCAGUGUGUGUUUCACCCUGAUGUGCACUUUUGAUCCCACGGGACGGACGUUUGUCAAGCUGAAAGCUACCCGUCGUCGCCAGCGUAACCUAACAACCUACACCCUCAGACACAGGCUGGAGGAGGGCCAGGCCAGCAGUUGGAGUAGAAGGCUCAAGUUCUUUAUGUGCUGCACCAGAGCACAGGAUACACAAUCUGAUGCUUACUCAGAGGUGGCUAGUUUGUUUGCAGAGUUCUUCAGGGAUCUGGACAUUGUACCAAGUGACAUUAUCGCUGGCCUUGUGCUCCUUAGGCAGAGACAGAGGGCAAAGAGAUCUGCCAUCUUGGAUCAGUCAAGCAAUGACAUCAUAGCCUUCUUGUCUGGAAUGCCUGUGACCCGCAACACCAGAUACCUGGACCUUAAAAACUCGACCGAGAUGGCCAUGUAUAAAGAGGUGUGUUACUACAUGCUCUUUGCCCUAGCAGCGUACGGCUGGCCCAUGUAUCUCCUUAGGGAGCCUGCCUGUGGUCUCUGCAGACUAGUCAGUUCCUGUCCGUGCUGUACGUCUGUGUCAGGCUCGCGUCUCUCUCAGUCAGUGACUGUAGAGGAAGACAAUUGCUGUGGCUGUAACGUCCUGGCCAUACGCCGUCAGUUCCUGGACCGAGACCUCAAACAGGUCCAAAUCGUCUACACAUCCUGCCAUGACGCGGUCUAUGAAACGCCUUUCUAUGUGGCAGUAGACCAUGGGAAGAAGAAAGUUAUCAUUAGUAUCCGGGGGACGUUAUCUCCUAAAGAUGCUCUAACUGAUCUCACUGGAGACUCUGAGCGUCUGCCUGUGGAGGAACAGCACGGCACCUGGCUUGGACACAAGGGAAUGGUUUACUCAGCAGAGUACAUUAAGAAGAAACUGGAGCAGGAGAUGAUUCUGUCUCAAGCCUUUGGGAGAGAUUUGGGGAAAGGAACAAUGCACUAUGGACUGGUGAUCGUUGGCCACUCUCUUGGUGCUGGCACUGCUGCCAUUCUCUCCUUCCUUCUCCGACCCCAGUACCCCACACUACACUGCUACUCCUAUUCUCCGCCUGGUGGCCUUCUCAGUGAGGAUGCAAUGGAGUACUCAAAAGAGUUUGUCACCUCGGUGGUGCUGGGAAAGGACCUCGUCCCAAGGAUCGGUCUCUCUCAGCUUGAGGGGUUCCGUCGUCACCUACUUGAAGUGCUGCAGAAGAGUGACAAACCAAAGUGGAGGAUCAUUGCUGGUGGCACUAAAUGUAUCCCUAAAUCAGAGCUGCCGGUUGAAGAUGAUACCCAGUCUGCCACAGGUGUGCCUCCAUCAAAUUCCCGCCUCUGGCUGCACCCCAGUGACCUGAGCAUCGCCCUGUCUGCCUCCACUCCGCUGUAUCCUCCCGGCAGAGUCAUCCAUGUGGUCCACAACCACCCACCAGAAACCUGCUGUAGCUGCGGCCAGGAGGAGCCCACAUACUCAGCCAUCUGGAGUGACAACAAGGCCUUUGAUGAGGUCAUCAUUUCUCCAGCCAUGUUGAAUGAACACAUGCCCCACAUGGUGAUGGAGGGCCUCAACAAGGUACUUGAGAAUUAUAAUAAGGGUAAGACUGCCCUCCUGUCUGCUGCUAAGAUCAUGGUAAGCCCAACAGAAGUUGACCUGAACCCAGAAACCAUCUUCUUGGAUGCCUCUAACUCCCAGCAGCCCUCUCCGUCCACACACCACCGCAGGAAUAGCAGUGUUCGCUCCUGUGCUCGCUCUGAGAUCUCCCUAGAUGGGUUUUCGGAGUGCCCCCCACCUCCAGUACCAGUUAUCCUGACUGGGGCUCGUGAGCGCUUGACAGUUGAACUGCGGGACCGCCGAGCUCCGCUGGCUGUGAUGGAGAGCCUGUCUGAUGCCGAGUCCGUCUACAGUCUGGACUCGCGCCGUUCAUCUGCCGCCCUGAGAGGCUCACCCUGCCUGGGAAGCCUGCCCUUCCCCCUUGACGCUCCCAUCCCUGAAGAGAAUCCUUCCCUGAGCUCUCGCACCGAGCUGCUGGCCGCAGACGGCUUGAGUCAGGCCACUCCCGAACGGGAACUGGGGGAGACCGGCCCCUACUGCCCCACCCCACCAGAGCGUAUCGUAGCCCCUGAGGAACAGAAUCGCCUCUCCCCUGGCACAGCUCACUACAGCAGGCACCUCUCUCCUCCUCUGCUGGGGCAGACUGCCAUAGCGCAGCCAUCCCAGUAUGGGGGAAGCAAAGUGCAGGCUUCAGAAGUGCUUGAAGCGUGCCAAGUGCCGCCGUCAAUCCAGAGCCAAGAGCCUAGUUCAGAUACAUCACUCAGUGGACAGACUGGCCCCACGGAGAUGGAGUAUGGGGAAGAAACGUGGGCAACAGUGAAAGAUGGGGAGACGGGUGAGAAGGAAGGGGAAGAUGCACAGUCAGAGCGAAAGAGAGUGCCGUCCCUAGCUAUUCCUCCAGUGGCUCCGUUGUCCAAUGGGAACCCAAGCAAGGCUGUGCUUGAAUUUGCCCAGUACCUUGACUCCCUCUUCAGGCUGGACGGGAGCAGCUCACCGCCGCUGGAGCUGUCAGACGGAGAGUCUGAGUCAGGCCGAGGCUCGUACAGCCAGGGGGAGGGGCAGAAGGAUUGUCAGCCUACAGAGGACUCAGAGAGAGACAGACAGCUUUUGGCCAGGGCCACCCUGGAGCCUAAUCUGGUCCCUAAGCCACCCCGCACCUUUGCUGGCUCCGCUGAUCCCUCCUCUGGCAUUUCUCUCUCUCCCUCCUUCCCUCUGUCCUCCUCUGGAGAGCUCAACGACCUCUCACCUACAGAUGGGGCACUGCCUGUAAAUCACUCUUCAAUACGAACUUCUGCUGCAUGCCCAUACCCUGAGGAUAACGCACUGUCAUCUAUGGUCUAA